AUGUAUCAGUCAGGAACUUUCCAGAUACUUUUGUCGUUCAUUGUGACAAAUUCUAUAGCAUCGGUUAUCCCAAACGUUCCAAACAUCCCAGACAGAUCCCUAUCGACUAGAGAAUGCCGAAAUAUUUCACCAACUUGGAUCUCUCAAAUAUCAAGCGCCGCUCCUAAUACAAGCUACUCAAAUACCAUAAGUAGCAACGGUGCUGGUUCAUUCUUCGUAUACCAGAACUCCACUACGGCUCUUCUUCCAUACAUAUCCUUUACAAUCCCUCCAUCCACACAGAACCCCUCUAGCACAAAGCAGACCUGCAACCUCGCUGCCACCUUCCCAUUUUUCGAAUCGCAGUAUCUAAGCUGGUCACUUUCCUCGCCAACUCCACCCACACUCGAUAUCUCUAUCAUCUCCCCGCCCUCCAAUUCUCCACUCAAUAUCCCACCAACCUGGACUUCAACCUUCUUUCCUGAAAACUCCGAUCUCCCCCAGCACUUUGGUGUACUCACGCCGGUGAUACGUCUUGAUACAACGGUCAAUUCAUUGACAUGUCCUGAGAAUGGUGUGUUGAGCUUUAUGUUUCGGUUUGCGGAUGGUGUUGUGGGAAAUAAGAAUGUGUAUGAGAUAUGGCCACAGUAUCCAGCGGGACUAUCAUCAGGUUUACCGAUGACCGGUGUUUAUUUAAGUGUGUGCUGA